UCGACGCGACACCUAGUGAAGCCCGGUCCAUCGCGCGUGUCCCUGCCCCAAUUUGAAUCCAUCGACAUUUGACAGCCUACAACCACAUACAAAGUGCCUCAAACCCUUCGCGGGCAUUUUCACUCAUCUGCUUGCGACACAUAUUCGAUGAGGCAUUGAUUGAUUUCUAGAGUUUUCAAGUGCCUUCUGUUGUAACCGGGCGCGACUCGCUUUCCCUUCGCCGUUGGCUGCAGAAAUCCAAUCAGAGGUGCCAUUAGUUUUCUCCGGAGCGCGCGUCCGUCGCCAGCUAUGGAUGGAACCGCCACAUUCGGCAGUGCCGCGCAAAGCGCAUCGCCGAGCAACAACCCGGCUGUAGCGCAACCGUCGCAAGAGUCCGAGAAUCAGUCAACCGCUCCCAAGGCGCCCGAAGAUGUCCAGAUGUCAGAGGGGAUCUCGACCGAUCCGCCCAUUAAGCAAGAUAGCACAACCCCCGCCCCUCCCCCAACGGCAGAAAACCCAAUCGAUGCGCCCGAGGGUCCCCCGGCUGAGACUACAGUCGCUCGUGAAGAUGAGGAGAUGCGCGAUAGCCAGGACGUGCCUACCGAUGCACAGCCCAAAGAUGGUGAGGCGCCGGCAAAUGGCGCUGGCCAAGAAUCCAAGUCCAAGGAGACUCUGGAGAACGCGGCGCGCGAGCAUUUGAUAUCGCAGACCUACGCCAUCGUUCUUCCGAGCUACACUGUCUGGUUUGACAUGAACGCUAUCAACAACAUCGAGAAGAAGGCACUGCCUGAAUUCUUCAACAGCCGGAAUCGCAGCAAAACUCCCGCUGUGUACAAAGACUACCGCGACUUUAUGAUUAACACAUAUCGUCUUAACCCGGCCGAGUAUCUCACCGUCACAGCUUGCAGGCGCAACCUGGCCGGUGAUGUGUGCGCCAUCAUGAGGGUGCAUGCAUUUUUGGAGCAGUGGGGACUUAUCAACUACCAGGUUGAUGCGGAGCAAAGACCAGCGCCGGUGGGACCUCCUUUCACUGGACACUUCAGGGUCAUUUGCGAUACCCCACGAGGUCUACAGCCGUGGCAGCCUGCUGCAGAUCCUGUCUUGCUCCAAGGUAAAGCAAGUGGCCAAACAGAUGCCAAGGCUGCUGCUACGCCUGCACCAAAGACCGAGCUUAACCUCGAAGUUGGCCGCAACAUAUACGAGGCAAACGCAAAAGGCACAAAGCUCACUUCCAGCGACAACAAGACCAACGGCGAUGUGCCGACCACCAACGGCACUCCUGCUGGCGCCGCUGGUUCCACCACUGAUGGUCUUACCAAGGCUCCAAUCUCAAAGGUCACAUGUUUUACCUGCGGCAAGGAUUGCACCAGGGAAUAUUACCACAAGGUGCAGACCGAAGGCGGUGCCAACGUCCCCAAGCGGGACUUGUGCCCUGGAUGCUAUGCGAGCUCAAGAAUGGAUGCCAAGGAAGACAACAUGGGCUACGAAAAGAUGGAGAACCCACAGUAUCCCGCUACGGUGGAUCGCGAGGCACCAUGGACCGAUGAGGAGACUGUUAGGCUCCUGGAGGCGCUGCAAAAAUACGACGAAGACUGGGGCGAGAUUGCGAAUCACGUUGGCACACGGACCCGCGAGGAAUGUGCACUUCACUUCCUUCAGCUGGAUAUCGAGGACAAAUAUCUUGAUACCGAACCGCUGCAAGCAAGUGUCCCGACGGGAUUCCCUACGAUCGGUAAUGACAAGCUCUUGCCAUUCUCGCACGCCGACAACCCAGUCUUGUCCGUAGUUGCGUUUUUGGCAACGCUGGCAGAUCCUACAAGCGUGGCCUCCGCUGCUGGUCGCUCGUAUGAGGACCUCACAAAGGCGCUCAGGAAGCAGCUCGAGCUUGGUGAUUCAUCACAAACCAAUGGAAAGGGCAAGGAGAAGGAUGGCGACAGCAUGGACGUUGAUAUUCAACAGGAGACCACAACGACAACAACCACUACGACCACGACGACCAAGACAUCUAUUCAGGGCCUUGCUGGUAUUCCUCUAGCUGCUACUGCCUCUCGAGCCGGUGGUCUGGCAUCGCACGAGGAGAGAGAGAUGACACGCCUGGUCUCAGCUGCGGUGAAUGUUACGCUGCAAAAAGUAGACAUGAAGCUGAAGUUCUUCAACGACAUGGAGUCCGUGCUGCAGGCUGAGAGGCGGGAACUUGAAAGGGCGCGGCAGCAGCUUUACCUUGACCGUCUGGCCUUUAGGCGGCGUGUGCGUGAAGUUCAGGAAGGCCUUAAGGCGGCCGUCGCAACUGGUGGUGAGCAAGGCCUCCGAAUGGCACAAGAUGUGGCCAUGGAUGGUGAGCGUCUCAGCUUCCAGGCGCCGCCUGAUGCCGGCGCCGUUCAGCCUUUGAGCGCCGAGGGUCAGGUCAAGACAUUUGAGGCCUAGGAGCCACAUUCCAUUCGAAAUUUCGAUGAUGGAUGUGGUGGCACGGUUGGCGCUGUGAGACAGGGUGGUUGUGUUGUUUUACAAAAUGUAUUGCUAUAAGCGGAGAUAUUGGGAGUAAUUCUUAGGGGUUCAAACGGGUAUUUAGUUUAUAUGGAGUUCCGUUUCGUUCGCUGCAUAUUGUAAUCAAGUUUGUUCUAUGUUCUGACGACGUGCUAAACAAUCAAACUGGCGAUGGACUGAGCCGGGUCUUCUAGACAGGAACAGGGCAAGAGACAAAUACCUAGGUAGGCAAUACCGAC